AUGGAUGCUAACGCCCACCCGGCUCUUCUGAAGAGGCAGCAAGUAAACGAGAAUAUCCUGCAGAUGAUGCAGGAGUUAACUGAGGCGCUUCUUCAGCAGAGGAAUAGCUUUCUGCGGGAGCGGGAGGGGCUUGAGAACCGGAUAGUGGCCCUGGAAACGGAAAACGAGGUGCUGAGGAAGAGCGUAGACACUCACCUUGUUGUCAUAGAUGAUCUGAAGUUCGAGAUAGAAACUCUUCGUGCCAAGCCGGUAGUAGCUCCAACCCCGCCUACAAGGACUCCGCAGCGACCGCCCCUUCCACCCACAGAUACUACUGCCCUUGCGAAGCAAGCAGUGGACGGCCUCAAUGCCAUGGAGUCGUCUCUGACGGCGGACCCGGAACUCGCCGCCCUGAUCAAGGCCUACCGGUCCCGGAAUAAUAUACAAUGA